AUGUCAGAAUUACAAGAACUUCUAUGUAACUAUCACAUAUUUUAUCCUUUGUAUUUACAAGCCUAUAAAAUACUAUUGCAAGCUUAUCAAAAUAAUACAAGUAACUCAGAUUUAAAAGUUUAUCUUCACUUUAAUAUUUUAACAGACAAACAUCAAUAUAAUAUACUUACAUCAAAUGAAAUUGCAAUUAUUUUACCUAGAAAUGGGUCAUUAUCUAAAUUAGCAUAUAAUAUUAUUCUUCAUCUUAGAGAAG